AUGGCCAAUCUUGCAAAAGCAGAUUCUGGCUCAAAAGAGUUGGAUGAAGCUGAGGUGCUUCUGGCAGAUGUUGUUCAAUACAUCAUGGAUAGUCCGAUGAUAGAUGAUAUCGCCAGCUUUGAGCAUUUUACUGACUGGGCUGUUGCUGGACACGCCCUCGGCAAACCUGAAGAAGCAGAAAACUUUACUCUCUCUACCAUAGCGCUAUAUAAAGAAAGAGUCGGCGACAAAGACCCUCGUACAAUCAAGGCUCCAGCCAUGCUUGGGACCAUGUAUCAAGCAGCUGGCAAGUAUGCCGAAGCAGAGGAGAUUAUUCAAAAGGCCCUCGCGGCACGAGGAGAUGUCUUUGAGCGCGUCACGCUCGGGCUAUCUAACAUCCAACUGCACAAAUCUCUGGAAGCUCUUUCUAUCAUGUAUUUUGAGGCCAAGAGAACCAAAGACGCCAUCAAGAUUACAGAAGAGCUUCUAGUCAUGCGGCAGACAUACUUGCGUAUAGAUGAUGCUGAGAUUAUUUUAACAAUGGCACGACUGGGCUCAAUGUAUUAUUAUAAUGACCAAUACGUUGAGGCCAAAGACAUGCUAUCAAAGGGACUCCCCAUGAUGCAGACGAGUCCUGACAUUCGUAUGGAAGAUACCCUCCCUUUCAUGACCGUGUUAGGGCAUUCACAAAAUAUCCUAGGCCAGCAUAACGAAGCAAUAGUGCAGUGGUCUGCCCUACUAGUCUUACUGCGUGACAUGGGUGAUGGUAGUGAUAGCCAAAUCGGCAACACACUAUUAAACCUUGCAUCAGCAUAUUGUGAGCUUGGAGAGUCUGAAAAAGCAGAAGAGUUGUAUGUGGAAGGGAUAGCAAUGCAACAAAAGAAUAAUCGAGGUGAAGAGCCGCACACCAUCACAUCUAUGCAUGCCCUCGGAUCUCAGUAUUAUCGGCUCAAAUUAUACGUCAGUGCAGAAGAGUGUCUGGACUUUCUAUCAAAUACCCAGUUCUUUUCCGAAAAGUACAAUGAUGCAGAGGAGACAAUAUCCGAGCUAAUCAAGGUGAGGCGUGAGGUUCUCGGUGAAACACAUGCCGAAAUAGCUCGCUCCAUGUUCCUCCUCGGGGAGACGUAUCUUGAGCUCGAAAAUGGUGACGAGGCUGUCAAGGCCUUCGUGCAGGUGCUUGAAGCCCAGUUGCAGGGGCUCGUCAUUCCGGGCAUUCCUAUGUCUUCCACCCUCAAGAUUCUGGCAGCGCUUUAUGAAUACCUAGGGCAAGUGGAGGCUGCUUUAGCUAUGCUAGCUUUGCUACAUCCCAUACAAAUUGCGGAACUUGGCGAUGGUCACCCCGAUAGUAUUCAGACAGCGACCAAGAUGAUGCAGUUUGUCAUGUCAUUGCUUAGCGUGGUUGGAGAGGAGGAGACUCAGCAUACAGAGCUCUGA